CAAUACCAAAAUACAAGAACGUUGUCAUCCAGAUUUCUUGGCAAAAAGGGUUAGGGUUUAGGUAGUGCUCUCAAUUACUCAUUUAUAACGUGGCGGGAAGCUUAUAAUAGAGUUUAUCCACCAAUUCAAUCAAAUUCUGCGUGAAUUCAUCUUCCCAAAUUUUCGAAGGGCACAAUUCAAUUUACGUCUUUUCAUUCAGCAGAGGGUUCAGCUCUCUCGAAUUCCAUCUGUUUGUUGAUUGAAGCUGGAAGGAAUGAAGCUAUCUGGUGCAAUCAAAGUUGAUUGAUUUUAUGAGAAUGGCGUUGAACUGAAUCUGAAAAUGUAGCUGAUAUGCUGCAGUAUGAUAAGUCAUCAGUUUAAUUUUUGGGGUUUAUGCAAAAUUUCUGAACUUUCUGUAGAAUGUUCUUUUGCACCAUUUAUCUUUUACCCAAGAGAAAAAGAUGGUUUUUUUCGCUAUCCCACUUUAUGAGUACUUCUUGCUGUGCUGCUCAAGAUACUGGUUUCUCCUCAGAUGACAAUGUGCUGCUGGAAUCGUGCGAAUAUGGAGAGUUGCAGCGAAGAAUGCAGCGGCAUGCUGCCUCGGGGUGCAUUACCAAAGCCCUUGAGACCCUGAACCUUAUGAGGGAUAACGUUCUGGGUAAACCCACCACUUAUGACUAUAAUGCUAUGAUCAGGUAUUUCUUAAAGUCGGGUAGUGUGGCGUUUGAUGAGUUGUUUGAGGUGUAUAGUGGAAUGAAAAGAUUUGGGCCAAGCCCGAAUCUGUUAACUUAUCAAACACUCUUGAAUGGGUUCAUUUCUGUUGGAAGAUCGAAAGAUGCAAUGUAUAUCACAGGUGAGAUGAUGGCGUCUGGGUUUUCCCCUUCAUUUACAGUUCUGUCGAAGUUGUUCAAGAAGCUACUGAAAACAGAAAGUGUAGUUGAUGCUGUUUUGUUGCUUGAGAUUAUGUUGAGUGUCAACUCUAUUCCAAGUCAGUAUGAUAUAAGUGUCUUGAUCCAAGGUCUUUGCCAUGUAGGGAUGGUUCAGGUGGCAAUUUCAUUGUUUGUGAAGAUUUCGGGAAAGGGCUACUUUUGUGGGGGGAUUAUUUAUAAUCCCAUACUCUGGGCUUUAUGUAAAUCCAGUCAAACUUGUGUCGCAUUAGAAUUUUUUGGUUUCUUAGAAAAGAAGGGAUUCAUGCGAUCUGUUUACUCUUAUACUGCAUUGGUUUAUGGUUUUAGUAAGGAUAGGCUGUGGCGUGAAGCUUUUUUCUGUUUAGAGGAAAUGGAAAAUGUUGGUUGUAAGCCUAGUCUGGUCACUUAUACAGUACUUAUUAAGUUUCUCUGUGAUGACGGGAAAGUUGAUGUGGCACUGAACCUUUUGGAAAAGAUGGAAGAGAGAGGAUAUAACCCUGACUUAGUUGUAUACAACAUAGUUCUCCGUGAAUUUUGCAAUCAAGGUAGAGUAGAUGACGUAUAUGGUCUUAUUCAACUUAUUGAUCAAAAGGGCUUGUCACCUGACAUGUAUACUCAUGCCGCAUUAGCUGGAGGCAUGUUGAAAAGGGGCAAUGUGGAGUUCGUCAAUAAGUUGUUGCUCAAUAUUAUACUAAGGCACUGCUCUGUAGAUACUGCCGUUUACAACAUAUAUCUGCAUUCCAUGUGUUGUGAUAGUAAUUCUGGAGAAGCUUUGUCCUUGAUGCAGAGUCUGAUUGAAAAUGGUUUUAGACCUACUAAUAGAUCAUACAACAUAAUUCUUAAGGGAUUGUGCAAAGAGAGAAAUUUUUGUGAAGCUUUCAAGUUAUUUGAUUGUAUCUUAUGGCCUAGCAAUGGCCCUGAUUUGAUUUCUUUGAAUACAGUUUUGUCUGCUGCAUGUAAACUAGGAAAUUCAGCCAUUGUUCAGAGAAUUUUGUGGCAGAUGGAACAUGAAGGAAUAAAACUCGACAUUGUGAGCUUAACAUCUCUGAUUCAGUAUUAUUGUACAGUUGGCAAAAUAGCAGACUGCUUAAAGCUCGUGGAGUCCAUGGUGAUCAAUGGUCCCAGGCCUAAUACAGUCACGGUUAACACCCUUCUUAUUGGACUCUGCAAGAAUCAUCUACUUGGAUUAGCAGAAACAUUUUUCAACUAUUUUAAACAGAUUGGAGUUCCGGCCGAUACGACUACAUACAAUAUUCUAAUCCGAGCUUUCAUACACGAAGGAAAUGAUUUGAUGGUAGAUGAGCUCUCAAGGGAAAUGUCUAGCUGUAAAUUGAGGCCGGAUCUUGGCACCUACAGUUGCUUCGUGCAUGCUUUAUGUAGAAGAGGCAAAAUUGUACUUGCCCUUCAUCUGCGAGACCAAUUGCGAGAGAAUGGCAUCCCUCCUAAUAUCUUCAUUUACAACACAAUAAUGAAAGCAAUGUUCAUGAAAGGAAUGUUCUGGGAAAUUAUUGAUCUGCUUAAGGACAUGUACGUGGAUGGAUGUGAACCUAAUGAAGGAUCUUAUAAACUAUUGAAAGAAGUGAAGUUAAAAGGUUGGAUGAAGGGUUCCCCUCAAGCUUUACAAAUGAUAGUGUUUGUUAUGUUUGGUAAAUUAUCCUGAGAAUGGCUGGUGAAAAUGGGUUCCAUCUCCUCAUCAUGCGACUGAAGAUGCUCUCUCUGAGGAAGAGUUUGGGCUGGAGAUGUGUGCAUCGCUUAUUCGCAUAACUUGACUGCAAUAACUUGUGCUCCAGUUAAAAAUCCCAGAACUACACAUCCUGUGUCACGAGCUGCUGAAGAAUGCAUAUUCAAAGAUUACAAGCGCUCGACUCGGUGAAACAAUCUGCACAUGGAGCAGUAUCCCCGAAAGAUCCCAAGCUGGGGGCAUGCCAUCAUAGCGUUUCAGACGAAAGGGAGGAAGAAAGAAGUCAGCUCAAAUGUAUAAAUGGCUCCUCCAACCCUUGUUUUAUAGCAGGAUGAAGACGUCAGACAUUUUGACAAAGACGCCUCAAGAGGAAGGAACCCCCAAGUUGUCAUCUACAAAGCAACUAAGACUAAAUAAAGAUUAAGGUAAUGAGGUAUCAUCACUGGGAAGCCACAUUGCCUUCUCUGGAGACAAAAAGCCAAUACCCAGCAGCAGCAUUUGAGGGGGCAAGAAUUAGUUACAAG